AUGUCCGAAAACGCCCAAGCCUCGACCCCUGCCUCUCUGCCUCCUGCGCCUCAGACCGUGGUUGGAAACUCACAGUACGAUGGUGCUCAGGGCAAUGGCAACCCCUCCCACAUGCCCCCACCCCCGCGUCCUCCUGUGAUCAUUCCCCAGAACAACAACCCGAUCCCUACGGCUAUCACCUCGCCCAUGUCAGGGGGCGCUAUGUUGUCGCCCACUAGCGCCGGAGGAUAUGUCCGCCGAGCGGCUCCUGAGCCCAACAAGCGAGCCCUCUACGUGGGCGGGCUGGACCCUAGGGUGACUGAGGACAUCUUGAAGCAGAUUUUCGAGACCAGUGGCCACGUUUUGAGUGUGAAGAUCAUCCCUGACAAGAAUGGACAAUUCACCACCAAGGGUCACAACUAUGGUUUCGUUGAGUUUGACGACCCCGGUGCUGCUGAGAGGGCUAUGCAAACCCUGAAUGGCCGCCGUAUUCACCAAUCGGAAAUCCGUGUCAACUGGGCAUAUCAAUCCAACAACACCAACAAGGAGGACACCUCAAACCAUUUCCACAUUUUCGUCGGCGAUCUGAGCAACGAAGUCAACGAUGAGGUGCUAACCCAAGCAUUCUCUGCAUUUGGUUCAGUUUCCGAAGCCCGUGUUAUGUGGGACAUGAAGACUGGUCGCUCCCGAGGAUAUGGAUUCGUCGCUUUCCGCGACCGCGGUGAGGCCGAUAAGGCUCUCAACUCCAUGGACGGUGAGUGGCUGGGCUCUCGGGCUAUCCGCUGCAACUGGGCAAACCAAAAGGGUCAACCAUCAAUUUCCCAGCAGCAGGCCUUGGUCGCUAUGGGCAUGACUCCCACCACCCCAUUCGGUCACCACCAUUUCCCCACUCAUGGCCUCCAGAGUUACGACAUGGUUGCUCAGCAAACUCCUCAGUGGCAGACUACUUGCUACGUCGGCAAUCUCACUCCUUAUACCACCCAAAAUGACCUCGUCCCCUUGUUCCAAAACUUUGGUUACGUUCUUGAGACUCGUCUCCAAGCUGAUCGCGGAUUCGCUUUCGUGAAGAUGGAUUCACACGAGAAUGCUGCCUCAUCAAUCUGCCAACUGAAUGGUUACCAAGUCAACGGCCGUCCUCUCAAGUGCAGCUGGGGUAAGGAUCGCCCUCCUACCGGUCAAUUCGACGGUUUCCCUGCUGCCCAAGGCAACGCCGCCGCUUUUGGUAAUGGCCCGACUGGCUUCUUCCCUCAAUACGGCGGUCCAGCCAACCCAAUGAACCAAGGUCCUGCCCCUGCUGGUCGAGGCUGGGAUCAACAAGCCAACAAUUUCAAUGGACCUGCCAUGGCCGGCGCCGCCUACGGCCAGGCAGGAAACGCCGGAGGCUACGGCCGCGGUCAGCCCAUGUCCCCGUCAGGCAACUGGGACCAGUCCAACAACUUCAACGGAGGCUACCAGGCGUAG